UCCUUCAUUUCCCAUAUAUAAAAGGCCGACACUUUCGGUUCAAUUUAAAACUUUGAACCACUUUCAUUUUCUCUCUCUAUUUUUCUUUGAUUAUUUUUAAUUAUUUGAUCAAAAAAACAGGUGGUGUUCUCCAUUAAUUUCAGUCAUGAAUUCUGAAUAUGAUUACUUGUUCAAACUUUUGCUCAUUGGAGAUUCUGGUGUUGGCAAGUCUUGUCUUCUGUUGAGGUUUGCUGAUGAUGCCUAUCUUGAGAGCUACAUCAGCACCAUUGGAGUUGACUUUAAAAUCCGCACUGUUGAACAAGAUGGGAAGAGUGUCAAGCUCCAGAUUUGGGAUACUGCAGGGCAAGAACGUUUCAGAACAAUCACCAGUAGCUACUACCGUGGGGCUCAUGGGAUCAUUGUGGUUUAUGAUGUGACUGACCAAGAGAGCUUUGACAACGUGAAGCAAUGGCUCAAUGAGAUUGAUCGUUAUGCAAGUGAUAAUGUAAACAAACUUCUAGUUGGAAACAAGUGCGACUUAACAGCGAAUAAAGUUGUCUCCUAUGAGACGGGUAAGGCGUUUGCAGAUGAAAUUGGGAUCCCCUUUAUGGAAACCAGUGCAAAGAGUGCCACCAAUGUGGAACAAGCUUUUAUGGCUAUGACUGGUUCAAUCAAGAAUAGGAUGGCUAGCCAACCUGCUAUGAAUGCUAAGGCGCCGACUGUUCAACUUAAAGGACAGCCAUUGAAUCAGAAGGCUGGCUGCUGCUCAUCAUGAAGUGGCAUCAUUAUGGUCUCAUUUUUAAAUGGUUAUUCAGUAGUUCUAUUGUUGUAAACAUAGUUUUCUAUGAACGCAAUCUUGCUGAGGAAUAUACAAAUUUUGCUUCAGCUGGUUCACUAAUGUUUUAUCUUUACUCCGCAAUUGUUUUUGUUUAGCAAGCAUAUGUACAGUAUUUGAAACUAUAGUCCUUGUUGUCUCACAAAGAAGUUUUAGCAAGGUUGCAAAUUGCAAUGCUAUCUAAGUUGGUGCU